ACUCGGUGGUGGUGGUGGUAGAGGAGGAGGAGGAAUGAUGAAAAGAGGUGGUGGCGGCGGAAGAGGUGGCAGACAGUCAAAUAACCAAGGAAGCAUGUUUGGUGGAGGUGGAGGUGGAGGUGGACAGCAUGGCAUGAAUUAUGGUGGUGGACCUGGAACGCAAGGCAUGAGUUAUGGUGGUGGAGCUGGAAUGCCUGGCAUGAAUUACGAUGGUGGACCUGGAAUGCAAGGUGCGAGUGGCUCCGUUGGAGGUGGAAUGAUGAAUCCAAAUGGUGGAAGACAAGGUAGAAGGUCACAUAACCAGGGGGGCGGAGGUGGAGCGAGGGGCAAUCAAGGAGGUGGAAGGAGAAACAGGCAGGGCGGAGGCAGAGGUGGAACGGGUAUGCAAGGAGGAGGACGGAUGGGCAUGCCAGGAGGAGGACAGAUGGGUAUGAAUUACGGCGGUGGAAAUGGAAUGAUGGGCCCCCAGGGCAUGUACGGAGGUGGAAUGAUGGGCAUGCAAGGAGGUAGAAUGCCAGGCAGUGGAAUGAUGGGCAUGCAAGGCAACUAUGGAGGUGGAAUGAUGGGCAUGCAAGGUGGACCUGGAGGUGGAAUGAUGGGCAUGCAAGGUAGACCUGGAGGUGGAAUGUCGGGCCCCCAGGGCAUGCACGGAGGUGGAAUGAUGGGCAUGCAAGGUGGACCUGGAGGUGGAAUGAUGGGCAUGCAAGGUAGACCUGGAGGUGGAAUGUCGGGCCCCCAGGGCAUGCACGGAGGUGGAAUGAUGGGCAUGCAAGGUGGACCUGGAGGUGGAAUGAUGGGCAUGCAAGGUGGACCUGGAGGUGGAAUGUCGGCCAUGCAUGGUGCUGGUGGAAUGCAGGGCAUGAAUGACGCCAAUGAAGAUGGAGCGGACAAAGAGAACUCAAGAAAAUAGAGAGACUGAAACUCGAAUAAGGGAAAUGACGGAAAUGACAGAAAUAAUGGAAAUAAUUGAAUAUGCUGCAAAAGGUCCAGAAAUUUUCCCCGUAUCUGCAAAAAGACUGUUCUGCUCAAGGACAUCCAAUGAUCCGGCCUACUCAGCGCUUGAUGGUGAUGGGGGCAGUAGACACAGUAUAUGGCUUGAUUUUAAUUUGUUUCCUGUAAUAGAAUAGUUUGUUGCCCUUGUUGUGAGAAAAAAAUCUUUGUGAAAAUAAAAAGAAAUAAAUCCCAGUUGCACAAACA